AUGGAAAAUACGAAUAAUACUAUUAUAAAAAUUGGCUGUAAGAAAAAGAAGGUGUUUCCAUAUGUUGCUCAACAUUACAGAAAUUGGUUAAACGAAGGGGCUAUAUUGGCUGCAAAAAACAUAGAUAUAAAUGAAUUAAAUUUUAAAAUUCAAGAACAAAUUACAGAAUUGAGGAUAUAUAAAUCAGUUGAUUCGGCUACUAACCAAGAUGAUGUAGUUAACUACCCGCCUGAAUUUUUAAACUGGCUAGAUUUACCAGGAUAG